AUGGCAUGGGUUAGUUGGGAUACUAUGACAAUACCGAAACUGGAAGAUGCACUAGGUUUUAAGGACCUAGGGGUUCAAAAUUUGGCACUAUUUGCAAAACAAUGUUGGAAGGUUGCCUCUCAACCACAAUCACUCCUAUCUAGACUCCUCAAAGGUAAAUAUUUUCGAUACAGUUCUAUAAUGAAUGCAGAGAUUGGAACAGUACCUUCGUGGGGGUGGCAUAGCAUAUUGAAAGGGCGUAAGGUUGUCGAAAAGGGGCUGGUUUGGCGAGUUGGUGAUGGGUCCAAUAUCCGAAUCUUUAGUGAUGCUUGGCUUGCUCCUCCACAUUCUUAUGUUGUUUCUUCAUAUGAAACUUCCAAACUACAAAAUCAACCACUAUUGAUGGUCAAAGACUUAAUACUUUCUAAUGGUAAGUGA